GGCAGCAGUUGGUGGUCUUUCUCGCGGCCGGAGCGUGUUUGUGUGGAGCGGCGCGAGCGGCUGCGGCCUACUCUGCUUUCCGGACCGAUGGCGUUAACGCGCCGCGCAGCCGUCAUGAGAGGGAUGGAGAAUGCUGUGAUGGGACAUAACAGCAAAGCCAAAGCUCAGGUGACUGGCAAAAGGGCUGUUUUGGAAGAAAUAGGUAACAAAGUUACAAGAGGAUCCAAUGUACCUAAGAAAACGGACUACAUCAAACCAUCAGUAAGGGCUACAAAGGGACCUGGCAAGAUGACAAAUACAGCUGUACCACCUAAACCUCCAGCUGCUGUGAAUCAAGCAGUCAAAGACACUACUACUGCAUCAAAGGUUCUGUCCCCUGUCCCUAUGGAUGUAUCUAUGCAAGAGGAGGAUUUGUGUCAAGCCUUCUCUGAUGUGUUGCUCCACAACGUAGAAGACAUCGAUGCGGAUGACUCGGGGAACCCCCAGCUAUGUAGUGACUAUGUAAAAGAUAUCUACCUGUAUCUGAGACAGCUUGAGCUGCAGCAAUCUGUGCGCCCACAUUACCUCGAUGGGAAGACGAUCAAUGGACGUAUGCGUGCAAUUUUAGUUGACUGGCUUGUCCAGGUCCACUCAAGAUUCCAGCUUCUUCAGGAAACGCUGUAUAUGUGUGUUGCAGUUAUGGACCGCUUCUUACAAAGCCAUCCGGUACCUCGUAAGAGGCUUCAGUUGGUGGGUGUAACAGCGCUGCUUCUGGCCUCAAAAUACGAAGAGAUGUACUCUCCUGAUAUAGCAGACUUCGUUUAUAUUACUGACAAUGCCUACAACAGUGCUGAAGUUAGAGAAAUGGAGAUCACGAUUCUGAAAGAAUUGAACUUUGAUUUGGGACGGCCUCUUCCACUUCACUUCUUAAGAAGAGCAUCAAAAGCUGGGGAGGCGGACGCUGAGCAGCACACGCUGGCAAAAUACCUCAUGGAACUGACACUGAUAGACUACGACAUGGUGCACUGUCACCCCUCAGAGAUCGCAGCUGCUGCGCUGUGCUUGUCGCAGAAGGUUCUGGGCCAUGAUAAGUGGGGUACAAAGCAGCAGUACUAUACUGGGUAUGCAGAAGACAGCCUUGCAAUGACUAUGAAGCAUAUGGCCAAGAACGUCGUCAGAGUAAAUGAAAACUUAACAAAAUACACUGCUGUAAGGAACAAGUAUGCAAGUAGCAAACUCCUGAGGAUCAGCACAAUCCCUCAACUGAACUGUAAGACUAUCAAGGACCUAGCUGCACCACUCUUACAACCCUAGGCAGAUGUAUUCUGAUGAUAUAUGCACUUUGUGUCAUCCUCAUUUGCCUACUGAGGAAAAACUACUGCCCUGUGUAAAUAGUAUUCCAGUCCUACCACCAACAUUUCAGAUUCACUCUGAAGUUUUAAAUUUGCUUUGUACUACAACUGUAUACCUAGAAAUAAAGCUCCUCUCUUUCAAAAAAAAAAAUAAAACAAAAAAAGUUAUGCCUGCCAUUUGAUGUCCUAGUAGAACACUUGACAAACUGAGUGGCUGAUGCAAUUUGCACAGAGAUUGGUGAUACUCUUUGUGGUUGUUUCCAGUGAUUAUCUGGAUUCAUAGUGGGUUAUAUUUAGUAAUUUGUUCUCCCUCUUAAAGAGUAGGCAGACUGUUAAUCGUUCCUUGAUACACCUUAAGGGAUGUUUGUUGUGUAGUUUCUUGCAGUGUGUUGUCCCAGAGAAGCAUUCAAGAAGUAGUUUGACUUCAAGCUUGGGAAAGAAAUAGGCUGUAACAGAUACAGCCUUGUGGUUUAGAUAGUAGAGGGAUGGACAACUCAUUUUUGUAUCUACAUAUGCCUAACGAAAGAGCAGAGGCAGAAAACAACCCCUGUGAUCACAACUAGUGGUAUGCUCAAAGGAGUACAAGCAUUGUAAGUACCUCAGUUCUUUUGCCUUGCUUUAUUUAUGCCUUUCUAUUGAUGUAGUACUUAAAAUAUAUUUUAAUGGUAAAUUGCAACCUUAAGAUAUUCUGUAAAUCCUGCUGUAGUCAUUACCUCCCUUCACUGUCUCCAGUAUGGAUGUGCUGGCUCUGAUGUAGGAGCAAAACCGCAGAACUGUGAAACUACCUAGACAUCCAUGCUCAUCUGUGGAAUAAUGUUGGAGCUGCAAGUGUUAAUCUUCACAGGCAGGUGUCUUUUCUCUAGGAUAAGACAGGUAAUUUGAGUCUAGCACUUACUGCAAGCGUUUCAGGGAGGAAGAGUGUUUGAUCACUUAAGUCUAUGCAGUUCUGUCCUGGACUGAGACUAGUUUCUAGCUGCUAGUCCCAAUACAAAAAAAUGCAUUGUGCAUUCUGUUAUCUAUUAAUGGAGAUGUUUGUGUGCCUAAAUUAAGCCUGGGCAAAUGGCUUUGGAGGGACAGGAUUCAGGAUUUGGCAUCUUAAGAGCAGUUAACAAAAAAUGCAGCAUGUAAGGCUUAGCUGGGCAAUAGCAAAAACAACCUGAAUUAGAGCACAGGAAGGGCUAUUUUUUAUUUAAAAUCAUGACAGUAAAAUCAAACAGGUGGUGGUUAAGACAUGUUAGCAUGUAUAAUAUCUGAAAGCAAAGUGCACAGUGAACAGACUUGUUAAGCUACCUGCUUGUUUUGUUUCAUGGAGGUUUGAAAGGCAAAGCAAUGAAUGCUUGUAACUAUGGCAGACAGCAGCAAUUCUAAAUGGUGUGGGAGGCAAUCAAACUUAAACAGUAACAUUUCUGCUUUUAGAAAUCAGGAGGAUUAUCAGUAAGUACCUGGCAUAAAAACCAUAGUAGAACUUCUAUGAGUAAGAACAGUGGAAUACAGCAUUAUACAUUCAUACAUGUUUCUAAUAUAUUCAGUUUUUAUAUACAGUAUAGGAUUUGUUUCCAUAAAUGUACAGCUUUGCAUAAACAUAACAGGUGGAGCAUCAAACAUAAAUCCAACAUGGGCCAGCCAUAUUCUAAUAUAAGUCUUGAAGGCAACGUUGUUUAGCAUUACUAUGCAUUUUUCUGUUUAAACUUCUUGUAGUGCCUGCUGGAGACCCUAGACACAAGUGCACCCAGUUCCAUUACACCUCUAGAAAAUUACUUAAAUACACUCCAUCAUGUUAGGUUUUUAGAUGGUGAAUACCCCAAAUCACCCUAAAUCUUUUGAACACGUAGCAGCAUACUUAAUAUGUUCCCCAGCAUCAUGUGCAUUAGAAAAAACGUGCUUUUAACAUGAUCUUUGUUAGACAAUUAAAAAGACUACUAUCAGCUAGAGGCACUUAAUAUUCCCAUUUCCAAGUGUGGUCCCAGAUUAUAAAGCACCUUUCUGUUCCAGGAUGAUGGUAGGUUUGGGUAUUCUUCACUUGUGAAGUGUGAAAACCAGGUUUUAAAUAGAAUAAAUAAUUUGUCAGUACGUCCAUUGCUGUAUGGUUCUGAGACAGAGGAUCUAAGUCUGCUGUGAAUAAUAUUCUUCUUUCUUGUAUGCAACUUUACUGGUGAAAGGUACUGCUGAGAAUGGCAGAUCUUGGGAGAUCAGUGUCCUGAAGGCAAGGGGAAAUAUCCUCAACACUGGUAACCUCAUGCCAUUUUUUCUUUUUUCUGAAAGUCUUUUAUAUCUUGGUGACAUAAUUGUUGGGGAAAAGACCUUGUUUCCCUCGUAGUCUUCCUGUCCACCAACCAGAAGGAUCUAUAACAAAGAAAGCAAAGUGAAGUGAGGCUUUGUAAAACCUUUUUGUUUGUUUUCUGAGGCAGACUUAAAAACUUCUUGCCUUCCUGUUGGCCUUCUUAUAGAGGAUUGAUAAUAAAUGACUUGGAAAACUGAA